AUGAGAAGACUUUGCCACUGUGGCCAAAAUGACAAUAGUUCGCAUUGUUCUUGCAUAGCUGCUCCAAGGGAUGGUCUUUACGGCAGAUGGAUGUUAAGAAUGCUUUCUAAAGAAGAGAUUUAUAUGACGCUACCUCUGAGUCUCUUCUUUUUGCCCUCUUUCGAUGUUUUCGGGACUUACCUACAUCAACAUAAGCAUACAGAGGAGCUGAUUAACUUAGCUGGACUUCAGGAUGAUAGAUAUGUUGAAACUCCUUCGGAGGUGAAUGUGAAAUAUCGUAAAGAGGAGGGUAAUCUUCUUCUCGAUCCCUCUUUAUAUCGGCAAUUGGUGGGUAGUUUAAAUUACCUCACUAUUACACGACCAGAUAUCUCUUUUGCUAUCCAGCAUGUUUGGCAAUUUAUGCGCGCCCCACGACACCUCCACUUGGUCGUAGUCCAUCGCAUUAUUCGAUACUUAUUGGGUGCACCUAAUAGGGGUCUUUUCUUUCCUGUCAACUCUCCUCUUGAUCUGGUUGGUUAUAGUAAUGCCAAUUGGGCUAGAUAUGCAUAUACUCGUCGCUCGAUUACAGGAUGGCGUAUGUUUCGUGGGACUGCGCUCAUUUCAUGGCGAAGUAAGAAGUAA